GAUGAUUUCUAGAAAACAAUUUCGUCCCACUUGUUUUUUUUACCUACAACUGUACCCAAAUAUGUACUGAACCGAUGUCAUUUAAGUCAAUACAUGCUCUGUCCCGAAUCUCCCCUCUUGGCAACCUUAUGUAGGUACCCCAAACUUAAAUAUCCAUAAGGUAAGUUACUUGUACCUAGGUAAACUAGGCAGACCACGCAGACCACGCAGUUUACACAUAAUUCUUGAACGCGCCCGAUCCAGUCUACAUUCAAUCCUAAUCCUUCUCACCUCCCCCUCUCCUUUCUUUCUUUUAAUAAUCUACAUUUACACUCCUUCCCUUCCUCAUAGGAAUGUCUUGAAAAAAAAGACCAUCAACUCGACUUGCAUUUUAUCAAUCGCUUUCACAAGCCCCGACAUGGCAGAGCAAGAAAGACCCAGUGGGGUCUUCAGCGAUUGCGCUGUCGUUUUCAUCCCGCGUGGAGAUCUCAAUGAACGAAUGAUUCAAGAGUUGACUCUUAGCAUCACGAAUUUUGGCGGUACUGUUCUUGAGCAAGAAAGACCGAAGAGAGGGAAGAAAGAUGUUACAACGAGCAAUAUACCUUUCAGACAGGCUACCCACAUCAUUGCCAACACAAUUGACUUCCCCGAGUACACUCACGCGGCGGCUAUGAUGAUUCCCGUCGUCAAGCCUGCGUGGAUUCAAGCAUCUCUAGCCAAGGGCAAGCAAGCCCAGAUACGCCCCUUUACACCCGAUCCGCGAAUGAUCUUUUCUGAUGUGGUAUUAUCAUGCGCCGAUAUCCCAACUACUGACAAAGAGGCCAUUAUUGGUGCCACAAUGGCUAUGGGUGGAAUUGACUCGGAUAAUUUCUCCAAGACUACCACACACAUUUGCGCACUCUCCAUGGACCACCCAAAAUGCCAAUUGGCUGUACAGAAGAAUGCCAAAUGCAAGAUUGUUCUUCCUCAUUGGUUCGAUGAUUGCUUCAAACUUGGAAAGCGAAUUGACGAAACCCCGUAUCUUUUGCCCAACCCAGAAUAUCUGCGCGCGAAUCCCGAAGACGAGGUUAAAGUACCAUCAAGCUUGCACCUUCAAGGUGCCACUUCAGCAUUACCGGACUACCUACCCAAGCCCUCCGAUGACUUUAGGGAACGCCCUCCUGUUUCUGUUUUCCGGGACAAGAAAGUCAUGCUGUCAGCAGACUUGUCGAUUCGAGAUCGGUUAAAGGAGAUUAUUUUCGGACUGAUUGUUCACAGUGGUGGAGAGUUGGUCGACGAUGUGGAUGCCUGUGAUAUGUUCAUUUGCGAGUACCGCGAUGGAACGCAAUAUAUACAUGCUUCACAAAUGGGCAAGACAGUUGGAAACCUGUCUUGGCUAUAUUAUCUCAUCACGCACAAUGAAUGGACACAUCCUCUGAAGCGUCUUCUCCACUAUCCGAUUCCACGAGGUGGUAUCCCGGGCUUUCAAGGCGCCAAGAUUACAAUAUCGAACUAUGGUGGAGAGGCCCGUAUAUACCUCGAAAAUCUGAUCUCUGCUUGCGGAGCGGAGUUUACUCGGGUGAUGAAAUCAGAAAACACACAUCUAAUCACUGCUCGUAAAAGUGGCGAGAAAUGCGAGGCUGCUUUAGAAUGGGGCAUCGAAAUCAUAAACCAUCUGUGGAUUGAAGAGAGUUACGCCAAGUGCGAGAUACAACCGAUGGCGAUUGAAAAAUAUACGUGUUUCCCAUCCCGAACGAAUCUUGGCGAGGUCACAGGUCAGACACAGUUUGAAGAGACGAGACUUCGACAGUUAUAUUAUCCUGGUGGGCCCGAGAACCCCAGCCUGUCAUCUAAGCGAACUCAGAAGAUAUUGGAGAUGGCCGGUGAGAAUUCGUUCUCGGAGGGUCCAGCUGAAGGUGUCUCUAUUGGCCGGCAAGCACACAAGGAUUUCGAUAUUAUGAACGAUAUGGAUGCCGAGUAUGCACAGAAGACGACCGAGGUCUUUGGAGUGCCAGCACCACAGACGCGGCGUGCAACAACUACCCAAUUCGAAACCCCUGCCAAGAGCCUCCAGAUCCGUCCUGGCAAGGAAAAUGAGACGCCUUCCACGGUUUCUUCUAGCCGAAGCGCAAAGGACAAGGCGCUAAGCCGACUAUCCGUCCUUGCACCUGAUAUUGCUCUAUAUGAGAAAGAAAAGAAGCGAGCGAUAAAGGAUGGGCAUGGCCCCUGGGGGGGCAAGCGAGCAGCCGAUCAAAUCGAGCGUGAAAAUCUUCACCGCCGCCGCAGUGCGUCUAGUCCAUCCACUGCGGACGAGGAGAAGGAAGAGCAGAAGAUUGAGAAACGGCCAUCGAAGAGAGCACGACCCACCCUCCCAGAGGUCAAUAUGAGAGUAGUUCUCACUGGAUUCCAGCGAUGGGUCAAUGACAAACAUCGGGAGGACGCAGACCGAAAAAAGUUGCGUGAUCUUGGCAUUGCCGUUGUCCCGGAUGGUCAAGCAUGUGACUACCUUGUAGCGCCACACCUGGUACGAACAGUCAAGUUCCUCCGAAAUCUCUCCAAGGGAGCUACCAUUGUGUCUUCCAGCUGGGUCGAGGAUUGCCUGGACAAGAAGGAGCUUCAAGACCCCCACGAAUAUAUCCUUAAAGACAAAGAGAACGAGAAGAAAUUUGGGAUAAAGCUUCAGACCUCUGUUCAGCGUGCCCGUCAGAACAAGGGGAAGCUUCUUUGGGGCAUUCCUAUAUAUUGCACGGCCAGUAUCAAGAAUGGUCCAGCAGGUUACCAAGCCAUCGCCGAGGCCAACGGCGCCAUCUUCAUGAUGUACGGCGCCAGGAGUGGUUCCACGAUCAAGCCCACUCGACCGGAAGAAGAUGAAGGUGGGCCCGACCCAGUGUAUUUGCUAAGCAACACGAGCCCAGAGGAGAAGAAGCUGUGGACUAAAUUCGAAGGCAUGGCGAAAAAGGGUAAUAUGGAGCCACGUAUUGUUGCUGCUGAUUGGCUGCUGGACGUGGUAAUGAACCAAGAGAUAAUAUUCGACGAGAAGUAUUUGGUGACGAAUUUCUUCAACUAGGGUGCUACCUACCUAAAGUACCUAGGUAAGGAGGUGGGCGUUUUGCAUUGGGUGCAUAUUCAUUUUUUUUUCUCUUUCAGGAGCAUCAGAGAGCAAUCAUUUGCUUUCAUGUUUUUACGUAUGAGAUCCGUUGCAUGGCCAUGGGGUUCCGGGAGACAAGACAAGGAGAAAGAAAAGGGAAGAGAUAGGAGAUGAGGGGAUGCGAGGCGUUUUUACGGCAUCAUCAGUAUCGGCUUUUACCUGCUGUCUGCUCUUGGCUUCUUAGCAUACAGCAUACAUCAUACACUCGCGCAUGGACAUACACACAUAUUUCGUUGCUAUUCUGCCUCGAGGUCUGGUCGUCGGCUCUUAAUUGUAUAUACCCACUUGAGGUUAUCUUAUGAACGUUCUGUCUCGAGGCUUCAGGGUUUUGAUGUUAAGCAUGCCGGUCUUUGAUUCCCACAUAUGACCCCUUAACUUUAUGUUACAUAGUGAUGGCACUCAAGAAUAAAGGCACGCCCAAGAAGAAAAGAACUAGUUUUAGCCAAUUUAAAAGGUAAC